UACUAAUAUUUUAUCAUAUUAAGCUUUGCUUCCCUCCAUUUAUCAUACUGAGAACAGAGAAGAUGGUGAGUAUCGUAUACAGACCAAGCUUCUGUUAUCCAACCAUAUCGUCUUCUUCGAUGAAAAAGAAGCCCAGACACUACGAACAGUUGAAGCUAAAACAAAUCCAAGACAACAACAACAACAACAAUGGAUUCACUUCCCUCUCCUUGUCCAAACCAUCUCCCACUCCAAUCUUGGUCGGAAAACAAUCCACUCAACGGACCAAACUCGAAGCCCUAGACUCUGUCAUUACAGAACUCGAAACCUCCGCUCGAAAAGGCAUCACAAUCACCGAACCAGAGAUCUUCGCUUCUCUCCUCGAGACAUGCUACACCUUGAGAUCCAUCCACCACGGCGCUAGAGUUCACCGCCUCAUACCUGCGUACCUCUUACGCAACAACCUGGGCGUUUCGUCGAAGCUCGUCAGGCUGUACGCUUCUUGCGGCUACGCGGAGGUUGCACACGAGGUGUUCGAUCAAAUGUCCAAGAGAAAAUCAUCAGCUUUUGCUUGGAACUCUCUUAUCUCAGGCUACGCGGAAUCAGCUCAGUACGAAGACGCGAUGGCUAUCUACUUCCAGAUGGCUGAAGACGGCGUUAAACCGGACCGGUUUACUUUCCCACGAGUCUUGAAAGCUUGUGGAGGAAUUGGUUCUAUUCAGAUCGGAGAAGCGAUUCACCGUGAUUUGGUUAAGGAAGGUUUUGGUUACGAUGUCUAUGUCCUCAAUGCUCUUGUUGAUAUGUAUGCUAAAUGCGGCGACAUUGUUAAAGCAAAGAGUGUUUUCGACAUGAUUCCUCACAAAGACUAUGUUUCUUGGAACUCGAUGUUGACUAGCUACCUUCAUCAUGGGUUGUUACACGAGGCUGUGCAUAUUUUUCGUUUGAUGGUUCGAGAUGGGGUUGAGCCUGAUAAGGUUGCUAUAUCUAGUGUUCUAGCUCGUGUUUUGUCUUUGAAACAUGGACGUCAGCUACAUGGAUGGGUGAUUAGGAGAGGAAUGGAGUGUGAGUUAUCCGUUGCGAAUGCUUUGAUUGUUCUCUACUCCAAAAUGGGACAAUUAAGUCAAGCCUGCUUCGUAUUUGAUCAGAUGCUCGAGAGAGAUAUUGUAUCUUGGAAUGCUAUUAUCUCUGCUCACUCUAAAGAUUCUAAUGGUUUGAAGUAUUUUGAGGAGAUGCAGCGUGCUGACGUUAGACCCGAUGUUAUCACGUUCGUCUCGGUGCUAUCUCUCUGUGCUAAUACAGGAAUGGUGGAAGAUGGAGAGAGACUAUUCUCUUUGAUGUCGAAAGAAUACGGGAUAAACCCGAAGAUGGAACACUAUGCGUGUAUGGUGAAUCUCUACGGAAGAGCAGGGAUGAUGCAGGAGGCUUACUCAAUGAUUGUUCGAGAGAUGGGGUUUGAGGCUGGUCCAACUGUUUGGGGAGCUUUGUUGUACGCUUGUUACAUCCAUGGGAAUGCAGAUAUAGGAGAGGUUGCUGCUCAGCGUCUUUUCGAGUUAGAACCUGAUAACGAACACAAUUUCGAGCUGUUGAUGAGAAUUUAUAGCAAGGCGAAAAGAAUACAAGAUGUUGAGAGAGUGAGGCAGAUGAUGGUAGAUCGAGGAUUGGAGACAUAAGUUUACUCAAAGGGAAAAGGAUCACGUGACAUGUGUGAACGCGUCUGAUUGGUUAGCUGUUAGAAGUGAUUUCUUUAUGUCUAUAGAUUCUCGUGGGAUGUCUUUUGCUAGAUUUUACUUCAAAACUAGCGUCUUCACUAUAUUAUACUUUUUGUCUUCACUAUAUUGUACUUUUUCCACUGCAAUAUUCAAUUGAAAAGCCAUAUUCCUCGUGACCAGUGUUUUAAUAUGGGUUAGUAACAUGGGUUUAGUCAUUGGUCACGUGCAUUAGGACCUACCACUUGCAUAUAUGGAAAGGAUCCAAAAUAUGCUGUCUAAAAGAAUCAUAUGAUAAUGUGAAGCAAUAAGAACAAUGUAUAUGAAGACAUACAGUUCCAGCUUAUCUUCUUUUAUUGAUACCCUCAUUGCUUCACAUUUAUUAACGUUUCACCUAACUCCAGUUUCUGCUCUAAAAAUAAAUAAAUAGUGCUGUGUGUGUUAGGAUUUAAGGGUCAAAGUAUCUGCGUUCACACAUUCGUUGAGCCUCUAUAUAAAUCCAUGAACCCUUUUGCUGCUACUCCCACUUUUAGUUGUUUAUAUUAUAGAACCAAAAUGGCAAAAAGUUUAGCUCUUUCUCUGAUUCUGUUUGUUCUGUAUGCGUCCACCGCAGCUAUAGCCAUGGUCAGAAACCUUGGAGAGGUGGAAUAUAGCGAUGACACAGAGUUCGUGAAAGCCUCCUGUGAGACAACAACGUACCCGGAACUAUGCUUUCAGUCUCUGUCUUCAUACGCAAGCGAGAUCAAGAAGCGGCCUCGUCAGCUCGCUGAGACAGCGCUUGCUGUUAGCUUGGCCCGAGCAAAGUCAGCCAAAACCUAUGUCUCGGACAUGACUGACUAUAAAGGAAUCACAGAGAGGCAGCACGAGGCCGUCUCGGACUGUAUAGAAGAGAUGGGAGAUACUGUUGACAGGUUGAGAAGUUCGCUGAAGGAACUGAAGCAUCUGGAGGAAGGCGAAAGCGGGGAAGACUUCUGGUUGUGUCUGGGCAAUGUCCGGACAUGGACAAGUGCGGCUCUGACGGAUGAGACCACGUGUCUUGAUGGGUUUGGAGGGAAAGCCAUGGAUGGAGAGCUGAAAAGGUUAAUCAGAGAACACAUUUUGCGUGUGGCGCAAGAUACGAGCAAUGCAUUGGCUUUGAUCAAUGUCUUUGCUUCCAAGCAUUGAAGAUAUUGUGGUCUUGGGGGACUGAGUGUUUUUCUCUUGGGUUUGUUUUCUUUUGUGUGUUUCAAGAAAUGUGUAUUUGGUUUGUGUUUGAGUCAAUAUCAGGUUUCGCUUGCCACAUUGUUAUGUCAUGUACGGGCUUACGUUGUUCGAAGCAAUAAUUUAUGUAAGCCAUGUAGAGGAUGUUGCAAUCUUAUCUUUUAAACCA